ACCCCCGCGGCGGGGAGGAGGCGGGUGCGCGGCGCGGCGCGGCGCGGAGCGGCGCAGGAAGCCGAGCAGGAAGCGAGCCCGGCGGCCGCGCUUUCCUGGGGAAGCAGCGGGCGGGGAGGAGCCGCCAGCGGGGCCCGGGAGCCGCCGCCGUCUCGAUGGGGUGUUGACAAAUCUCCCAGGACUGUGGAAGGCUGAAUGGAUUAAACAUGAAGAGCUUGAAAGCAAAGUUCAGGAAGAGUGAUACCAAUGAGUGGAACAAGAAUGAUGACCGCCUGCUGCAGGCCGUGGAAAAUGGAGACGUGGAGAAGGUGGCCUCACUGCUGGGCAAGAAGGGGGCCAGCGCAACCAAGCACGAUAGCGAGGGCAAGACCGCUUUUCAUCUGGCUGCUGCUAAAGGACACGUGGAAUGCCUCAGGGUCAUGCUUACGCAUGGUGUGGAUGUGACUGCCCAAGAUACUACCGGACACAGCGCUUUACACCUUGCAGCCAAGAAUGGUCAUCCUGAAUGCAUCAAGAAACUCCUUCAGUCCAAAUGCCCAGCUGAAAAUGUUGAUAGCUGUGGGAAAACCGCUUUACAUUAUGCAGCUGCGCAGGGCUGCCUUCAGGCUGUGCAGGUCCUCUGUGAGCACAAGAGCCCUAUAAACCUCAAGGACUUGGAUGGGAAUAUACCACUGCUUCUUGCAGUACAAAAUGGCCACAGUGAAGUCUGUCGUUUUCUCCUGGAUCAUGGAGCAGAUGUCAAUUCCAGGGACAAAAAUGGAAGGACUGCUCUCAUGCUGGCUUGUGAGAUUGGCAGCUCACACACUGUGGAAGCCUUAAUUAAAAAGGGUGCAGACCUAAACCUUGUAGAUUCUCUUGGACACAAUGCCUUACAUUAUUCCAAACUCUCAGAAAAUGCAGGAAUUCAAAGCCUUCUAUUAUCAAAAAUCUCUCAGGAUGCUGAUUUAAAGACCCCAGUGAAACCAAAGCAGCAUGAUCAAGUCUCUAAAAUAAGCUCAGAAAGAAGUGGAACUCCAAAAAAACGCAAAGCUCCACCACCUCCUAUCAGUCCUACCCAGUUGAGUGAUGUGUCUUCUCCAAGAUCAAUAACUUCCACACCACUUUCUGGAAAAGAAUCAGUGUUUUUUACUGAAGUGCCAUUCAAGGCUGAGAUUAGUUCUAUCCAAGAAAACAAAGAAAGACUCAGUGACAGUACUACAGGAGCUGAUAGCUUGUUAGAUGUAAGUUCUGAAGCUGACCAGCAAGAUCUUCUUGUCCUAUUGCAAGCAAAAGUUGCUUCCCUCACCUUACACAAUAAAGAGUUACAAGAUAAAUUGCAGGCAAAAUCAUCCAAGGAGGUGGAAGCAGACCUAAGCUUUGACGCUUUUCAUUCUACCCAGACUGACCUGGCUCCAUCCCUGGGCAAGCCUAGUGAAGGCCCUCCCUCAGACUCCAAAUCAUCUCCAUCAGUCUUAGCACAUUCUUUGAGGAAAUCCACUGUUGACAGCGAUGCUAGAAUCCAGCAACUACAAGAGACUUUGCAAGACUUGCAGAAGAGAUUAGACAGCUCUGAGUCAGAGAAGCAGCAGCUACAAGCUGAACUUCAGUCUCGAAAUGCAGACCGGGUGUGCUUGAAUAGCACAGAGAUUUCAGAGAAUGGCUCUGACCUCAGUCAGAAACUGAAAGAAACUCAGACCAAGUACAAGGAGGCCAUGAAAGAGGUCCUCAGUGUGCAGAAGCAGAUGAAACUGGGUCUCCUCUCCCAUGAGAAUGAGGAUAGCUAUUCACCUCUUAGUGAGGCAGGAAUCACUGAUGAGAUAGAUGUGCUAAAGCAAGAUCUGCAGAAUGCAUUGGAAGAAAGUGAAAGAAAUAAAGAGAAGGUGAGAGAGUUAGAAGACAAACUUGUGGAGAGGGAAAAAGGUGGAGGGAUGAAGCCACCUGCAGAAGAGUAUGAGGAAAUGAAAAGUUCAUAUUGCUCUGUCAUUGAGAAUAUGAAUAAAGAGAAAGCAUUUUUGUUUGAGAAGUACCAAGAGGCCCAAGAAGAAAUCAAGAAGUUAAAAGACACAUUACAAAGUCACGUGACACAGGAAGCCAGCGAUGAAGCUGGAGACAUGAAAGAAGCCAUGAACAGGAUGAUAGAUGAACUCAAUAAACAGGUGAGUGAGCUGUCCCAGCUCUACAAGGAAGCGCAGGCUGAGCUGGAGGAUUAUAGGAAGAGGAAAUCUCUAGAGGAUGUGACGGCAGAGUAUAUCCACAAAGCUGAGCAUGAGAAAUUGAUGCAAGUGACCAAUGUGUCCAGGGCUAAAGCAGAAGAGGCACUAUGUGAAAUGAAGUCUCAGUAUUCAAAAGUGUUGAACGAGUUAACCCAGCUCAAACAACUUGUGGAUGCACAGAAAGAGAACUCUGUGUCCAUCACAGAACAUUUACAAGUGAUAACCACACUGCGGACUACUGCCAAAGAGAUGGAAGAAAAAAUCAGCCAUCUGAAAGAGCACCUUGCAAGCAAGGAAGUGGAAAUGGCAAAGCUAGAGAAACAGCUCCUGGAAGAGAAAGCCACAAUGAAUGAUUCGAUGGUACCCAAAUCUUCUUAUGAGAAGCUCCAAUCAUCCUUAGAAGGUGAAGUGAGUUUGUUGGCAGCAAAAUUAAAGGAUUCAGUCAAAGAAAAAGAGAAGGUCCAUUCAGAGGUGGCCCAGGUUCGAAGUGAGGUCUCACAAAUGAGAAGGGAAAAGGAAAACAUUCAAACUCUCUUGAAAGCCAAAGAGCAAGAAGUAAAUGACCUACUGCAGAAAUUCCAGCAGGCUCAGGAAGAACUUGCUGAAAUGAAAAGGUCUUCUGAAAGCUCUUCAAAACUAGAGGAGGAUAAAGACAAAAAGAUAAAUGAGAUGUCAAAAGAAGUCAGCAAAUUGAAGGAGGCCCUGAACAGCCUGUCUCAGCUCUCCUACUCAACCAGCUCCUCCAAAAGACAGAGCCAGCAGCUGGACACACUGCAGCAGCAGGUCAAGCAGCUUCAGACACAGCUGGUCGAAUGCAAGAAACAACACCAGGAGGUCAUAUCAGUUUAUAGAAUGCAUCUUCUGUAUGCUGUGCAGGGCCAGAUGGAUGAAGAUGUCCAGAAAGUCCUGAAGCAAAUCCUGACUAUGUGUAAAAACCAGUCUCAGAAGAAGUAAAAAUGGAUUGCUUGGCAGGACAGUACCCCUUGUUGUCUAGCUUUGUGUUAGAUCCAGUUGUUGGCGACCACUGCCAUUGUUCUUAUUCGUGGUAUGCACUGUGAUGUAGCAUAGCUUCUUUCCUUCUAAAGGUUUCUGAGGACUACUCUCAGGAGAAGAGGCCCUCUUCAGAACUGCUUAGAGACUUCACACCAGCAGAGGGAAAUGUCCCUGACAUCCUUUGAGAUUCCAUAGCUGGGAUUGGCCAUACCCAGAGGUCUGGUCCUGAUGUUGGCCACCCUCCUUGGUGGGUGAACGGCUUCACAAGUAUCAAGUGAUCUGCUGAGGUUACCAUGAAGUGACUGACAGCUGCUUCAGUGCCUGCCCUUCUGCUGUGUCAUUAGCACAGGAGAGCUCUUUUUGCCUUUGGCUUCCAAUCCCAAAACGUGAUUUCAUCUCUGGCCAAAUUAUUAGGACAUUAGCUAUGCCUACCCUUUAUCAUGAUAAUCCUGUGGAUUUUUUUUAAAAACUAUACUCUCAUUUUUCCCCAAGCUGCCAUACAUCUUAUCACCCUGCUAAUCACUUUAUAACUUGAUGAGUACUGCUCACUAAAAUAUGAAAUCUAAAAAUAAAAGCAAACUGUCCUUUAAGAGAUCUUUCCUUUUUUAAGUAAAUCAUUGACAUACUGCAAAUUUUCUAUGCAAACUUGCCUCCUGCUAUUAUCCAUGAAGCUCAGGAAAUCCAAAUAUUUGUAUUUCAACAAGGGACAGUAAACUGUGUGUUUACAGCCAAAAGUAAUGCCUCAUAGUUCCUAACCUCAAUUUUUUAAAGUUUUUUUUUCUCUAUAGUAUUUUUAUUGGCUCCUAAAGAGGUUUUCCUAUCUCAACCCCUAAAUAAGUAAAAUUACACUAGAUUAUAUGAACGAAAUAUUUUUUAGGUAACCAUGCUUGCCUCCUAUAAAAAAUUUUUCCUCCAGGUUUUCAACUCAACAUGAACCAGUCUCCCCUCAGACUUGCUGCCACUGUCUUCUCCAGACUUGUAGUACAUUUCUAAAUAUAAUCGAUUCUCUUUUUUACUGAUUGAAUAUUUUGGAAUGUCCCCACUCUACAAGUGGCCAUCAAUUACCUCUUUAAGGCCUAUUAUUAGUAUCAGUCAGUUUUUCAACUUUGAAAUAAAAUCCUGAUGUGGUAAAAUGGUGCAUAGUGAAAGUCUUGGGGGGAGGGGUACUUCUGUUCACUUUACUUUUAGGUUAUUCAGAAAGUGUUUCUAACUUGCUUGCAGCUUGUCUUAUUGUAUUGAUCUUGAGGGAGAUAAAUAGAAGACUCCACUUUUAGUCUAUAGCUGAAAGUGGAGGCCUGUUCCAACAGGGCCCAUGCGUACCACAGGGCUGCCUGGCUCCAAGGGUGCUUGGCUCAACUGUAAGAUGUGUUCAUUUGUACUGGAUGAGAACCAAUGACAGCAAAA